UGCGCGCCGGCUCCUCCUCGCAGACGCGCAGCGAUGGUGCUCAGAGCGCCAUAGAGGAGCGGGGGGACAUGCCGGGGACCAUGAGCAAAGAGGACGCUCCAUGUUUGAGGUUCACUAUUGAUAACAUCCUGAACUUGAAGCAGCGGGACGGCGGGAGUUUGGAGGAUGGAUGUAAUGGAGCUAAGCAGGAGGAGGUGUGGAGGAGGAACGACAGCGCGUCCAAGGAAACAGUGAAGCCCAGAGUCCACGGAGAGGAGUCCACCCCCACAGGAGCCCCCUGCCCCGGAAUUCCAGGCGUCCCGCGUGCGUCAUCGGAGAAAAAGCCGCAGGAUCAGCAGCAGCACGCGCCAACGGAAAGCCGAGUGAAGAAGAAGACGCGCACCAUCUUCUCCAAGAGACAGAUCUUCCAGCUGGAGGCCACCUUCGACAUGAAGCGCUACCUGAGCAGCUCGGAGCGCGCGUGCCUCGCCAGCUCCCUGCAGCUGACGGAGACGCAGGUGAAGAUCUGGUUCCAGAACCGCCGGAACAAGCUGAAGCGGCAGCUGUCCACGGACACGGAGAGCCCGCUGGCCGCGGAGCCGUACGCGGAGGCGGCCAAAGGCGCGCCGCUCUCGGGCUUCUACAAGGACAGCAGCCUGCUGGGCGGAUGUCUGCUCCACGUGCCUUUCCCCGUGGUGUACCCGCACGCGCCUUACGUCUACUUCUCCAACAAAUACUUUGGCCUGUUCGACGCGGACUGAGCUGCGUGGACUGCAAACACAAAAACUUCUUUCUGCAUAUUUUUCUAUUUUCUCAGGCAAGUUGAUGGAACAACAAGUCCGAGACGCAUAUGCCACUUUUUUCUCCAUUUUAUUAUUAUUAUUGAUAAUAUUAUUAUGAUUAAAAAUGUGCAUUAAAACUCAUCAGAAACAGCUAAACUUUUUGCAGUAAUGUCCUUUGAAGGAAUGUACAUCCGUUUUAGAGGAACUCUGGCUUUAUUAUAACGCAAUAACUUCCAUUGUGUGCUUGUGUGUGUUUGUUUGUGUGUGUGUGUGUGCGAAGAAUUUCUUUGGACCUCAUUUGUGUUCAUGUAUAUCCUUUAUUUUAUUUGAAUUUUUGUCAUAUAUACAUACAUACAUAUAUAUGUGUGUGUAUGUAUAUAUGUUCAGAGACAAACUUUGCAAUAAACCCAUUGGAUUGCGUUUUGGAUUUCAGUUGUUUUCCAUUGUUGCUGCUCUAAUCCUAAAUGCAUUUAAGAGUUUGAACAACUUUGAGCAAAACUAGAAGUUUUCAAGAACAAAUUGGCUAAAAAAAUCCAUAUAUUCACAGUAAAAGUGAAACAUUGAACCAAUCAACAAAACCUUUGUAAUUUGCUACAAUUAACAAUAUUAGAGUUUUUUUCUAAUUAGAUUUUUAAGUUAAGUAAACCAACAACUCAAAACUUUUGUAAUGUAAAAAAAUUACAGAACUUUUGUUAAUUGAUCCAAAAUUUCCCUUUUAACAGGAUAGUUUAAACAAGAAGGAAGAACACAUUUGUGUUUAUUCUGUGUUCGAUUUGAUAAAAAGUUAGUUUUCUCAUAUUUUAUCAGAAAGAUGUGCAGUAUUAAGGUAUCCUGGGGUGAAGUUCAGAAAAUACAGACACAAACAUGAUUUAAAAACAAAACUUUAUAUAUUUUGCUAGUUUUUAAAUGCAACGCUUUGCGCUCAAAUCUGUACAAAUUAGCGUGUUAGCUCAUUUUGCGGCCUACAACUCUAAACAGGAACUGCUUCAUAAUUCAGACCCUUCAUAACUUUCUCUAGGAUUUAGUAACUGUUAUCUCCUCACAGUUUUUUUAAGCAAAUAAGUUAAAAGUUUGAGGGAAAAUAAUUUAAAAAAUGUGUUUAAACUGAAGUCAAUGUUAAAAAAAUGUUUUAACAUGUUUUUAAAAUGCUGUAUUAUGUGCUCACACUAAAUAACUAAAAGUUUUGUUCUGUCAACAAGGUUGGGCUGAAUUAUUAAACGGGAUCCAUAUUUAUUUUUCUAAAACUCUCCUGUCAAACGAGGAUUCUUCUGGAAAAAAAAAAGUUUCUAACUUUUUUAUGAUAGUUUCGAGCUAAAUUUGAAAAAACAACACAGAGAAAAUUUGUCGUUGAAAACAGUAUUGUGAAAAAUGCUGAUGUUUGUAGACUUUUAUUAUAAUAAAAUCAUGUAUUUGCUUGUUUGAAAGGCUGAAAUAAUUGUGAAAACUCACAAGUUCACAACAGUAAAAGAAAGUAGAACAGCAAAAGGAAGAAAAAAAAUAAAGAAAAAAGUUAGUGAAUGAAAACUUUAAUGCUUCAUGUUAAAUUAGCUAGUUUGUUUUUUAUUUGCUUAAGAAAAACAAAAUGCAAUUUUCUACAUUUGUAGCUGUAUAUUGAAAAAAAUAAAUAAAAAAAGUUAAAGUUUAAUACUGUGAAAUAUGCUAAGCAAUGUUGAAAACACUAUUAUUUUCAGUAAUUAUUGCUAAAAGAAACAUUAGAAAAAAGAAAAA